ACUUCCGCAUUGAGCAGGAAGAAGUGAGUAGCUAGUGAACCAGAUGCAAUCCACAUCAGCACGCCCUAAUCUGACUAUAUAUGACUGUUUUUUUGGGUGUUGAUCUGUAUUAGAGAAUAAUAUUUUUAGGGAACUGAUGCCCAUGAAAAUGUUGUCUUGAAAGUAACCAGCGAAACAAGGAUUAAAACAUUUGAAAAGAUGGAUGACAUUGAUGCCAUGUUCAGUGAAAUGCUGGGGGAGAUGGACCUCCUCACUCAGAGCCUCGGUCAGGAAGCAGCACCUCCUGCUUCUCUCCCCAGCACGGACAAGAAACCCAACUUCUCCAUUGACUUCACUGACCUGAAUGAGUCCCUCCAUGAACUGGAAGACAAUGAUUUGGAUGCGCUCAUGGCUGAUUUGAUGGCUGACCUUAAUGCGACAGAAGAGAAACUUGCAGCAGAAUUACAAUGUCUCAAGGAGCCAUCACUGCCCCCUCCAGACCUGCCACCACCACCUAAGGCCCAGAUCACAGGCAUUGCUUCCUCCUCCUCUCUCAUUUCCCCAACAUCACCCGCAAGCAACACCAGCAGCAAUGUUACCACCCCAGCCUCGUCUGCUGCCUCCCCUUUGCCACCUCCACCUCCUCAAUCUGUGAAGCCUACAAGGGAGGAAAUCGAAGCACAGAUGAAAGCAGACAAAAUCAAGCUCGCUCUUGAGAAGCUCAAGGAAGCUAAAGUGAAAAAGUUGGUGGUGAAGGUGUUGCUGAACGAUGGCAGCUCCAAGACUCUGAUGGUUGACGAAAGGCAGACGGUCAGGGAAGUUCUAGACAACCUGUUUGAAAAGACUCACUGUGACUGCAAUGUGGACUGGAGCCUGUGCGAGACCAACCCUGAACUGCAGCUUGAACGGACAUUUGAAGAUCACGAGAGUCUCGUGGAGCCUCUCUUAGCGUGGACGAGGGACAGCGAGAACAAUAUCCUCUUUCAAGAACGAGUGGAAAAGAAUGAGGUUUUCAGAAACCCACAGAACUUUUAUCUAUGGAAGAAGGAUAAGAAAACUCUCAAAGACAUAAAAGACAAAGACAAGGAGCUAUUAAUACAGGAGAGCUUCUGUGGGACUUCCAUCAUCGUGCCUGAUCUUGAGGCAGUGAUGUACCUCAAAGAAGACAGCAAGAAGUCCUGGAAACAGCGGCUCUUCCAGCUGAGGGCUUCUGGAAUUUAUUACGUGCCCAAAGGAAAGACCAAGUCAUCUCGUGAUCUCGUCUGCUUUGUCCAGUUUGACAAUGUGAAUGUCUACUAUGGCAAAGACUUUAAGAGCAAAUACAAGGCCCCGACUGACUUCUGCUUUGUUCUGAAGCAUCCUCAGAUCCAAAAAGAAUCUCAGUACAUCAAGUACCUGUGUUGUGAUGAUGCUUGGACCAUGAACCUUUGGGUAACCGGAAUACGUAUUGCAAAGUACGGUGUGUCACUGUAUAAAAGCUAUAAAACAGCCGAGAAGAAGGCUGCUGCCAGCUCUGUGUGGACGAACCGCAGCGCUCCAUCAAGCUCCAAUCCAUCAACGCCCUCACCCACCAUCAAUGCUAAAUCACCGAGCCAGGCUAAUGGUCAUGCUCCCAAGCCCCAACCAGGACCCGUUUCUAAGGACUUUGAAAAUACUCCAUUUCCACCUCCACCACUGGAUGACAUCCUUCCCCCACCACCUCCAGACCCAGUCCUCCCUCCACCACCACCUCCUUUGGCUGCCAAGAGUGCCGCAAAACCUGCUGCCCCCCAACGACACCUGCCAACCAACUUCCCUCCACCUCCACCUGCAAUGGACAACCUCCCUCCUCCACCACCGCCCCCACCCAUAGACGAUACCUCAGAGGCUCCACCAGACUUUCUUCCUCCACCUCCUCCUGCCACUGGCUUUGGUUCACUGCCACCUCCACCACCACCUGUGAGCUCCCUACCACCACCUCCCCCAGUAGGUUUCGGGGGUAUGGACCAGUCUCUGCCCCCUCCACCACCAGAUCCAGGGUUUUUACCACCACCUUCACCGCCAUCUCAGCCAGUGUUCAUGGGUGCUGGAGCACCCCAUCCACCACCUCCCCCACCUCCACCUCCAUCUGCUGCUGCCCUGAGAGCACCGGUGCGACCUUCUGGCUCAGUGAAGAAGGUACCUCCUGCUCCGCCAAAAAGGACUACACCAUCGUUGCAAGGAAGUGGUGGAGGAGGAGGAGGUGGAGACUUCAUGUCAGAACUGAUGUCGGCCAUGAACAAGAAACGUGGAUUAUAAACAUAGUAAGAACCAUGCUGCACAACGACCUGUAACCUUUAAUCAGCCUUGUCUUGUUUUCAGCAAAACAGCUACUCUUUACAUCUUCAACAUGAAACUAUCCAUUACUAUCCUUACAUAAUUGUGCAUGAAUCAAGUGAAAGGUUGAUUAUUAUUAUGAGCAAAGAGUUCAACUUUAAAUGUUAUAUAUAAGACCAGGGGCCUCUUUACAGAAACUUUCUCAGUCUGAAAUCCUACAUUUUCUCAAUUUAGGAUGACAUUACGUGUUUUUUUGGUAGUACAGAAACAUUUUUUUUAGCUGCAUCAGGAAAAAAUUCUGUCUUAUCUUAGGACAGGAAUUUAGUUAUGACUGAAAUGUCCAAACUAAAGAAUUUAGUCAUUAAGAAUCCAAGGAUGGCAUAGAUCCUGUCCUAAAUUCAAAAUAACUGGCAAAAAUGUCAGCACUGCUUAUUAGGUUUUUAUGGCAAUGAAAAUGAAAGUGGGAAACAACAUGCGUAUUAUAAUAUAUUGACUGAUACACAGUCAAUAUAUUAGCACAGCCAUGAGCUUAGCAAUUACUUCUAUAGUGGAAAGAUAAGAUUUUUCCUAUCUUUGGGAUUUUUCUGUAAUGAGGCCUGUUUUGUACAGUUCUGUACAGUACAGUUAUUGAGAGCUUCACAGCAGUGACUGUCGUCAUGCAACAACUGUAGAGAUGUACUUUUUUGUAUGACAUAAAAAAAUAUACUGCUGUCAUCAUACUUCAAAGAGAGACGUAUAUAGGAUUGUAUAUAUUGUCACAUGUUUGCAUGGGGGGGCAGGUUUAAGUACUGUAAAAACAACUUACUUGGGCACAUACACUGUAACCCAUUACUGUAGCUUUCAAAUGACUGUUGUCUGAAUAGAAAUCCUGAACAGAUCCUUAAAAUUCUUGUUAGAAUAUGAAAUAUAUGAACAGGAUAACAGUAUUUAUAGGGUACAUGACAUGUAUCUUAAAGCAACAACUUCCUUGGAAACCAUCUCAUAAUCAAUAUGAAGCCUCAGAAAUGUUAGAAAAUACUUUGAUAUUUUGUUCUCAUUUUGUAGCUCUGGUGUGAGCAUGUUAAUGGGGUGAAAGGUAAUGCUGUAAAUGAAACUAGAUCCUUCAAAAAAUGACGGGACAGCCUGCUCUGCAGCAUCUUUGCAUUUAUUUUAGUGUCAGUAUAUAGGAUCACAUGAUGCUUGCUUGUAUUUAACUGUCUAACAGCCAACGUACAAUUUAUGUGCAAAAUACAAAUAUUGUUUAAUUCUUCUGUGGCAUCGAGAACUGUAUCUAGUUUUUUGUUUUUCACUGUACGUACACAUAGUGGGUAAUUAUAGUAGACAAGAGCAUUAAAAUGCUAUGCCCUUGACAUUGUGAACUGUGUUCCACCAGAACUUAAUUGUUGUAAAAGCUCAGUUAGGUUGUAAUUCUUCUUCGUUUUAGUAUUUUUCUAUAUCCACAAGUCACUCAAGAGGAACAGCUGACCUUUAGCCUCUCAGCCCACAGCGGCGGUCUUGCUGCAUAGCCCGCCUCCUCUGCAGUCUCUUGUGUAACGAAGGGAAAGGACAGGAUGUGAAGCAGCAGCUCCACCUAAUGGAAAAAAAAUAAAAUGCAUCAGGUUAAUAUCAAACAACAUAAAGCAUCACAAAAACAUAUUAUAUUCAGCAGUUUACUGUCAAUUAAAUAUAUGCACACCUCAAAAAAAUCA